AGUCCCCAACGACAAGAAAGCCCCCUCAAGAUUAACGAUGGGUUUUGGUCACAACAACGUCCUCCCCGCUAACCAUUUCCGCAAGGACUGGCAACGUCGGGUUAAAACCUGGUUCGAUCAGCCUGGCCGAAAACUCCGUCACCGCAAUGCCCGCAAAGCUAAGGCUGCCGCGCUUGGUGUUCGUCCGCUCUCACUCCUCCGCCCCGCUGUCCGUGGACAGACGGUCCGCUACAACAUCAAGGUCCGCGAAGGCCGUGGAUUCACGCUUGCUGAGUUGAAGGAGGCGGGUAUUGGACGGAAAGAGGCGCGCGGUGUUGGCAUUGUUGUUGAUCACAGACGCCGAAAUUUGAGCGUAGAGGGAAAGCAGCUGAAUGUAGAGCGGCUGAAGGCUUACAAGGAGCGUCUUGUUGUGUUCCCCCGCAAGGCUGGCAAGCCCAAGAAGGGCGACUCAUCAGCUGAGGACCUUGCAGCUGCUACCACCCGCCAGGCCCUUCCUCUCCCCGAUCCCUUCGUUGCUGAGGCUCCUCGUAAAAUCACAUCCGAGGAGCGUGAGUUCUCCGCUUACAAGACUCUCCGCAACAGCCGUGCGGCGCAGCGAUACGAGGGCGCGCGCAAAGCGCGUGCUGCCAAGAAAGAGGAAGAGGAGGCAGCAAAGAAGAAGUAAUCCAUCGAUCUUUCCUUUUUGUUGUUCUUUCACGCUAUGCUUCUCGCACUCUUUCUUCCACCUCCUUAAAAUCUGGGUACCAUGUAUGCACUUAGGAUUACCCGCAAUACAUGUCCACUGUAUGCCGCUACCGUGUAUCACCCCGGCGACAUGUGACAAGCAGGCGCUACUAGUUGGC